GCUGCCAGGUCAAGCUGCGAAAGACUACGAGAGUUCAGAGUGCACUGCGCUGAACGCGCCGGAAAUGCUGUAAACUUUGUCGAGAUACAUAACAACAAUCUUACUUUGCACUUUACUAAGCAGCCAUGUGCUGGGGCUGGUUUGCGCGCAACAAGGGCUAUGCAAGCUUGCAGCGGAAGGGCCGCUCGUGCUCGGCGGUUUACCUGGAUGCUGUUGAUAAGCUGCCAUAUAACGCCUACACCAGCCUGGUUGGACUCGCCUAUGCGGCGCUUUACGCGCCAACGGGCUUCGGCAGCGAGCAGGUGUGGAAAUACACGGGGCCUCACAGCGUGGUGAUGAAGAUUGUUUCGGGCAUGACCGAGAUCCCCUUCCUGGGCGGCAUUGCCAAUGCGGUGGAGAUGGUGGCGACCCGCGGCGGCAACGCGGCGGGCGCCGCCGGCACCCACCUGACCUGUGUGGCACUGCAGCAGGGCUUCGUGUCCCUGGCGUGUCUGUUCAUACAGGUAGCGCUGCCGGCCUCCAUGCUUCUGGAGUGGGUGCAGGAGGGCGCCUCCUCCUUCAACGACCUGUUCGACGUACCCGCCGACGUGCCGCUGCGCCAGCCGGCGGUGCUGCUGGUCAGCAAGUCCGUGGCGUCCGCCUACGUGCUGUACUGGAUCCACAGGAGGGACGCAACCUGCGCGCUGUACAUGCUGGUGGCCGCCCACCACCUCGCCAUCAACCGCUGCCGUACAGCCGCCGUACUGGCGGGCGUCACGGCUGUGUCGUACAUGUGCGGCAUCGCGCUGGCGUACCUGGUCACACUUGUGGUCAUUGCGCGAUGCGCCAACCCCCAGGAGGUGGUGCUGUCGGGUGCGGGAGCGCUGUUCAUCCUGGAUGUGGACGACGUGCUCACCCUCACGAGCGAGAGCUUCUUUGACAGUGUCAAGGACCUCAUGAAGCAAGACGAGGAGGACCGCGCCGCGCGCAACGCAGCCGAGGACGCGGAGGCGGGCCUGCUCCCCGCGCCCCACUCCCAGCAGCACCCACACACGGCAGCAGCCGCAGCCGCAGCCCCGGCCACCACAGCCACAGCCACAGCGCGGGCUGCAGCGGAAGACGAAGCGGCGGCGGCGGCGGCAGAUGCAGCAGGAGCUGCGGAAGACGAAGAGGUCAUCGGCGACGAGCCGUCCGACUACCCGCUGGUCUGGUUGGGUUUCCUGUUCGUACUGGCGCUGGUGGGCUUCUGGACGUACUUCCUGUACCGCCUGCACAUCCACCCCGAGCGGCAGGUGGAGCCCGACGCCGCCGCGCCGCCGCCGCUGGAGGGCGGCUGGGGGCUGCAGCAGCAGCUGCUGCAGCUGCCGCUGCUGCAGUAGCUGUGGGGUGGUGGGGAUGAUGCUGGCGGUGGCCAGGUGGACUAGCAGCGUGCGGUGAAGUGGGUGUCGGAAACGGCUGAUAGAAACAUGGAUGCAUGGAGGGAGGGAGGGGGGGUGGUACAUGCUGCCGGUGUGUAUCUCGCCACAGCAGCCGGACACGAUGGAUGAUGGAUGUUGGAUGCGAGGGCGGCCCAUGGUCGCGGCGGCAGCGGCGGUUUUUAUCGGUUGUUACAAUGCGUUUGCAUGGAGGUUGCACGGAGGUGCAUGGGGCUGCUGUCUUGGCGUGUGGGCCACUGGGCCUGGUGGUGUGGUGCGGCAUGCUUGGGCUAGCGCGAGCCUGUGUGAGCGCGCGCAGAGACCCAUGAUUGCGGCCGCAUUGAUGGGUUGAUGAGCCAAUGGACCGGUAUGGUGGGCUGGCCGUUGUAUGGUUUGGCAGGAAGUAAGCAUGCGUGCUGGCGCAUGGCUCGCGGCGGCCAGGGACAUGCAUUUCGGUCUUUGCGGAUGGAGUGCCACGGACCCCUACCUAUAGUUAGGUCAAAGCGAGCAUUUCAGCUUGUUUGGCGUACGGUGCUCGAUUGCGAGCGAAGCUGCUGGGCAACUGGGGCGGUGUGCGGCGAGACGAGUAACACGCACGCGCACCGGCGGCGGGCCACGUACUUGCGUUGCCCGCCGGCUGCUGGUGUAAUGCCUGAUGCUG